AUGUACAGCGCGCCUUCGGCCCAGCAGUCGCCUUACCAGAACUCGGCAAACCCUCCCCCGGACCGCCUGUACAGCCAGGCCGCCUCGUAUUCAAAGAGCGAGAUGGGGCCGCCCGCAAGCCGACCGCCUGCGACCAUCUCCUCCAACGAGCAGUCCGACAACAAGGGCUCCAACGGCAUUGGCCCUGCUGAACAGCAGAACCAGAGCCACGGCGAGGAGGAGGGCGAGCACGAGGCUGAGUACACCCACGACAGCGCCUCCUACGACCACGCCCGCGCUCCGUACAGCUACAACACCGCGGCCGGCGUGGCGUCCAUGAACAACGACUCCAACAUGCCGUCGGAGAUGGCGAGCUCCCAGAGCCACCCGCCGCCUGGCUCGGGACGCGCGACGCCUCGAACCGCCGCGCCGCCGCAGCCCUACUACCAGCAUCACAGCGGGUACAACUCGCCGCAGCGCGUGCAGCAGUCGACGAGCAACCUGUACAACGUGAUGACGAGCGACCGAGCACCGACCAACGGGGCUUCGGGCAACGAUGUGUAUGCGCCGCCCGCGGACAUGUCGAGCUCCAUGUCCAACGGCUACGCCCCCCAGCCGCCGGUGAUGAACGGCUCGGCUUCGGGCCUGAAGAGGGGACGGGGUGACGACGACGACAUCGGGCGGCCCUCAAGCGAUGACAUGGGGAACCUGGACCUUAAGCGACGAAAGACAAUGCUGGAGACAACAGUAUCCGCACCUACGUACGACGCCAUGAGCCGACCUGCUUCGGCUAUCACUGCUCCCCGUCGGCGGUAG